CCUCCAUUGAUUAAAAAAAAAAAUUCAAUUAGAUUGAAUUUCCCCGUUUAAGACAAGGAGCAAAAGGAGCAACAGCUCUUCCCCAAAUACCCUCUCCCUCUUCUCUCCUCUCCUCUGUGGAAGAAAAGGAACUAAUUCACGAAGAGAUGAUGGAAAAGUCGCUGAUUUCCGACGAUUUCACAUUCCCCACGCUCGCCGACAAUAGCUCUCCAUCCCUUUUCCAAUUCCCCGGCUUCUCCGACUCUUCGCUCUGGUACUUUCCAUCCACAACUAAAGAAGAAGAACAAGAAACCCAUGAACGGGAAAGAUCGGCGACGGUAGAAGACGGCGAGAAAACGGAUAAUUUGCAAAGAGAUAUUGAAUUCCCCAACGUUGGUCAUCUGAUGUCAGUGAUUUCCGACGAUGUUGAUGUAACUUCCAUUGAUGGCGAUGAGAAGAUGGACAUGUUGUGGGAAGAUUUCAACGACGAAUUGAGCCGUCAGGCAUCUUUGGGUAGACAAGAAGCGAAGAAGGGAAAUGGGUGGGAAGCAGAUUCUUCCAAGAUUACAGGACUUGGUCAUGUGAAGACCUUGAAGGUGUCGAAAAGUACUAGCUUGCUUCCACAUGGAAGACCCAGCUUGUUGGUGAUAUUGAAGGUAUUGAAGAAGCUCUUUUUGCUUCAUAACUCUCGCUGUCCCAACAGAACAUAGACCUAUAAGGUAUUGAAGGUGUUGAAGAAAAGGAUCUGGGCCAGGAGAGAUGGAAGAUGUGAAUUCAGAGAUACCAUGAUACACGUGCAAGAUCCAGUCCAUUCAUGAGGUGGGGACCAUCGUGAAUAUGCCAUGGCCCAAACUAACACUGUUCUAUUGAUGAAAAUGAUCAAUUUUCUGUAUUCAAUGUACAGGGUGUGGCCCACCCAUGGAUGGAUUGGCCUUUUUUCAUUUUUAAGAUGCAGGCAAGUUAAUCUUGAGGCCCAUAUGAUCAACGACCCAGAUCGUGCGCACGUGUGCCAAGAUUCCCUUUCUGCAGAUUGCUUUCAUCUUACUGAUGGUAAAUAUACAAUCUUCCCUUCUAAGAAGAAAUGGUAUAUGUAUUUAUUAAUGGUAGGGAAAAAUCAAAUGCUUGAUAUACUUGAUUUUCUGUUUCUUGAAUUGAAGAAAGUGUUAAUAUUGAGAAUAUAUUUAUUUAAAUUUGUGAUUAUCUCUA